CGGAGAUCAAAUGCUACGCUCGGUGAAAUGUGAAAUCAUAUUUGAUGGUUUAAGUGUACUCUUUCUUCAAUCCAAUCCUUUGACCAACUUCUGAUUCUUAGACCGUCUAACGUCAUGGAAAAUCACGUGUCGGGCCAGAGCAAUAAGCCAAUGAGCAAGCCUGCUCAUGCCUUGGACUGCGAUACCUUGGUUCGAGAACUCGAAGCCGAUCCUGAAAAUGGCUUUUCAGAAACGCAAGCAGGCCACAAACUAAACGAGUUUGGCCGCAAUGAACUCGACGAUGGCCCUGGCGUUCAGCCCAUCAAAAUCUUGAUUCGUCAGGUCGCCAACGCUAUGAUGCUGGUUCUCAUCAUGGCCAUGGUAGUUUCCUUUGCCAUCAAAUCUUGGAUCGAAGGUGGUGUGGUUACUGCUGUUAUCGUGUUAAAUAUCAUCGUCGGAUUUCUCCAGGAGUUCCAGGCUGAAAAGACUAUGGACUCCUUGCGAUCGCUCAGCUCACCCACCGCCAAUGUGGUUCGUGAUGGAAGCAUCGUCAACGUCCCCACCGCUGAGCUUGUGGUAGGAGACGUGGUCGUGCUCAAAGUUGGAGACACCGUGCCAGCGGAUCUGAGACUCAUUGAGUCGAUCAAUCUUGAAACCGACGAGGCCUUACUGACCGGGGAAUCGCUUCCCGUCGCCAAAGAUGAGUCGACGGUCUUUGACGAAGACACCGGCCCUGGUGAUCGAUUGAACGUUGUCUAUAGUUCGUCAACCGUGACCAAGGGCCGCGCUCGGGGUGUUGUCUACGCUACAGGCAUGUACACUGAAAUUGGAUCAAUCGCCCAGAGUCUGCGAAAAAAGGACUCCAAACGACGACCUGUUAAGCGUCGUGAUGAUGGUACUGCAUCUCCUCUAGUUCACGCGCAGGCAUGGAUCCUAACAGUCGGCGACUUCAUUGGACACUUCCUUGGCGUCAAUGUCGGAACACCUUUACAAAGAAAGCUCUCACGCCUCGCAAUACUUCUUUUCUGGAUUGCAGUUGUCUGCGCCAUUAUCGUCCUGGCUGCAAACGAGUUUUCGGACAGAACGGAAGUUAUUAUCUACGCAGUCGCUACAGGUCUCAGUAUGAUUCCUGCUUCUUUAAUCGUGGUUUUGACUAUCACUAUGGCGGUGGGAACUAAACACAUGGUUCAAAGAAAUGUCAUCGUGCGGAAUCUUAAGUCAUUGGAGGCCCUAGGAGCUGUAACAGAUAUCUGCUCCGAUAAGACUGGCACCUUAACGCAAGGGAAAAUGGUGGCUAAAAAGGCCUGGAUUCCUAGCAGAGGCACCUACUCGGUAGGAGUGUCCAAUAAUCCUUUUGACCCAACAAUUGGUGCCCUUGUGCACUCAGCCAAUCCUCCAGCCAAAGGCUCAGCCGACAGCGACGAAGUAUCCGAAAGCGACUCUGUCGCCGCUAGCGAGUUGCUGAAAGACAACGCCGAUUUCGAGGCCUUUCUGAAAGUCGCCUCAUUGUGCAAUGUUGCUCGCGUACACAAGAAUAACGAAGGACAGUGGACCGCCGUCGGAGACCCUACCGAAAUUGCCCUUCAAGUGUUUGCAUCUAGAUUUGACUACAACCGUCAUGAUAUCGCGGGGGGCGAGGGCGCAACAAGCAAACAAGUGAGCGAAUAUCCUUUCGAUUCUGACGUCAAAAAGAUGUCGGUGAUUUUCGAGGACCGCCAGAGCCAAGCUCAGACGAUUUACACGAAAGGUGCCGUCGAGCGAGUCAUUGACUCAUGUGUCUCGAUAGUCUGGGAUAAGGGCGAGACGAUCGAUUAUUCCGACUCCUUGAAGGAAAAAACCCUCGAAGUCAUGGAAGCUCUGGCAUCUCAGGGUCUUCGCGUUCUUGCACUUGCCAGCCGCGACUAUGAUGCCCGUAAUGGUCGACGUGCAUCGCGUGAUGGACCUCCCCCUAGGGAGGAGAUUGAGCGUGAUCUCGUCUUUCGUGGCCUCAUCGGCUUGUACGACCCGCCUCGUCCAGAAUCCGCCACUGCGGUCAAACGAUGCCACCGAGCAGGCAUUAAAGUCCACAUGCUUACCGGCGACCAUCCCGAAACUGCUAGUGCUAUCGCUAAGCAGGUGAACAUUCUGCCUGAUAUGUCCAAGGUCUCUGCAAAAGUUGCAAAGAGCAUGGUCAUGACGGCGAAAGAGUUCGAUAAAUAUUCCGAUUCGGAACUGGAUCAAUUGCCAGUAUUACCUCUUGUCAUUGCUCGAUGCGCUCCCAACACGAAGGUCCGCAUGAUCGAGGCACUUCGGCGGAGAGACGCUUUCAUGGCCAUGACUGGUGACGGCGUGAAUGAUUCUCCUUCCCUAAAGAUCGCAGACGUCGGUAUUGCCAUGGGUAUGGCUGGCUCCGACGUAGCCAAGGACGCAGCUGACAUCGUCCUGACUGACGACAACUUCGCCUCGAUUCUCAAUGCUAUCGAAGAAGGUAGACGGAUGUUCGACAACAUUCAAAAGUUCAUUCUACACCUUCUCGCGGAGAACAUCGCACAGGCUUGUACACUUCUGAUCGGGCUAGCCUUCAAGGACAGCACGGGGCUUUCGGUCUUCCCACUAGCCCCGGUACAGAUCAUGUGGGUCAUCAUGAUCACAUCCGGCAUGCCUGACAUGGGUCUUGGCCUGGAAAUUGCUGCACCAGAUAUCCUUGAACGUCCUCCUAUGCCACUCAAAGUGGGAAUAUUCACGUGGGAAGUCUGCUGUGAUAUGCUCGCCUACGGAUUAUGGAUGGCUUCACUCUGCCUGUCCUCCUUCCUUCUGGUGGUCUACGCCUUUGGUGAUGGCAACCUAGGUGAGGGUUGUAACACCUCAUAUUCUGAACAGUGUGAUACGGUCUUUCGGGCUCGUGCUACGACGUUCGUGUCGCUCACCUGGUUCGCGCUUUUCCUUGCGUGGGAGAUGGUCAACAUGCGGAGAAGCUUUUUCCGUAUGCAGCCCAAGACCAAAAGGCCUUUCACUCAGUGGAUGUAUGAUGUGUGGAGGAACCCUUUCCUGUUCUGGGCGGUUAUUGCUGGCUUUGUUACAAUUUUCCCUACCCUCUAUAUUCCUGUGAGUUUCUCCAUGCCCUUGCCAACUCGAAUCAGUUUUACAGUGUUUCUCGAAUCGGAAUCAUCAAUUCGACUAAUCUCUCAUCACAGGUUCUAAAUCACGAUGUCUUCAAACAGACAGGAAUUUCAUGGGAGUGGGGCAUUGUCUUCGUAGAAGCGGUGCUGUUCUUCAGCGGCAUCGAAGCGUGGAAAUGGGGCAAGCGAAUAUUCUUCCGCCGACGCGCAAGGAAGAUGGGUCAGACAAGCGAUGAUCUCGAGAAGAGGGCGUAUGGGGACUUUUUUGACUGGAGCGAGAACAACAGCGGCACGAACCUGCCUGCCGGGAACGAGAAGAUUUGAGCGCCAUUAUCAGCAUUACUAGCUAGGUAUAGACUUCUGAGACAAGGUGUUGCUUCUAUAGCGUGGUCGAUCAUUUCCAAGUCAUACCAGCGUCAACAGCCCUCUUCCGUAAAGUAUUCACGAACUUGGCAGGAUUGUGCACGAAAUCCGGAAGCUCACUGUCGGCGAAAAGCAUGUGGAAGCGCC